AUGACGAGGUAUUGUCAAUCACCCGUCGCUGUUCCUACUGUACUGGGUAAAAGUUGGUUCGCGAGUACAGUACUCGCAGUCCCAGAUUGCGAACCAUCACAAACGCCCGACUACGCGGACCGCCGCCAAACCAAGUCGAACGCAUCUGCCUCGACCCCCCUCAACUCUCAUAUUUCACUCCGAAAAAGCGGUGGCCGCGCAUCUUUACACUGCACAUACAUAUAUCCAUUCACCCAAAGCCUUCCCAAACCACCACACACUCCACUCUCGCAAGUCAAGAAAUCUCUGCGACAUCAGCUACCCGGCUUCAUCUACAGCUCGCAUGCCGAGUAUCACUGUGCGACGUCUCGCCCGAAGAACACUGAACGUCGAAUCCAUCCAUCCUCCAGCCGUGCCGAUGGCUCAAGACGAUACCCCGAUGCGACUUUCCCUCUGACAAGUCACGAAUCUAUGAAUGCGUCACAGAUCUCCUAG